UUUCACGAAGGGGCGGGAAGGAGGAGAAGGAGGAGGAGGAGGCGAAGCAGCAGCGGCACAAAGGCCGGCCUGGGCUCCCUGGCCAUCUGCUGCUUAUAAAGGCGGGACCCUCCGGCUGGAGCCAGCUCGAUGGCCCCUUGCCCUUCCUCGGCGCCCCUUUCUGCAGCAGCAGCAGCAGCCAGCCUUUGGAGCUGGGCGAGGAUGCCCUUUGCUUUGGGAGCUCCCGGGCUGGCGCUGCUGCUGGCCAGCCUGCUGCCCGUCCUGGCGCUGUCGGGGCCCGUCCAGCCGUGCGAGGCCAACGGGAGCCUCUACUACGUGGGCGAGUGGUACUUCCUGGACCGGGACCACUGCACCCAGUGCGAGUGCACCGCCGAAGGGCCGGCCUGCGCCCGCACCGACUGCGCCGCCCUCCCGCCCGCCUGCAUUCACGUCAGCCACUACCCCAGCGACUGCUGCCCACGCUGCGAGAGGGUGGGCUGCGAGCACCGCGGGCAGGUGUACGAGCUGGGACAGCACUUCCAGCCCUCAGAGUGUGAGCAGUGUACCUGUGACCUAGAUGGCAUUGCCCGCUGCCUAGUAGCAGACUGUGCCCCUCCACCUUGCGUCAAUCCCCUCUAUGAGGAGGGUCAAUGCUGCCCAACCUGCAAAGACGGUCCCAAUUGCUAUGUGGAUGGGAGCCAGCGCCGGGUUAUUCCUGCUGGAGAGAGUAUCUGGGUGGGGCCUUGCACCCGAUGCCGUUGUCAUGAUGGCCAAGAUGCUGGCUACUGGGAAGGAAACCGUUUAGCCAAAUGUGAGCGGCUACGGGGAUGCCGGGCUACAGCUGGACACUAGGCUUGGAUUCCUUCACACACCAAGCCACUUCUCAGACAAUUCUCUUGCAAACCUUUUAAGCUUCUGAUCUUACUGAAAGGUCCCAAUGAGUUCAUGCAUCACCCAACCCAAGUCAGCCCCCUCUAACUACAUAAAUAACCAAUCCCAGUCCAUAAUUCAGAUUUAUUCCCUUUCUUGUAUUGGUAAGAUUGUGGGCCUCUGGAUUUUCCCAAAUGACCAUACUUCUAACAACCUUUGGCAGUUUCCUAGGUUUUGUAAAGGCACUUUCCUGUUCUAAAAUAUGGAAAUGCCCCUCCUAAUAUUGUCCCUGGCAGUAAAUGGUCUUUCAAUCAUACCCUUUUGCAUUUGGCCCUACCUACCACUGGAAUAUAGUCCCCCAAAACCUUGAAAUUGAAUUCAGCCCUUAGAUUGAAAGGACGACCUUUGCGUCCUCUUUUAUUCACAGAACUACCUUGUCUCUCCCAUCCCCCAAAUUCCUAUCAGUUCCAUUCCAACUCUGAUCAAACAGACACAUCUUUUAUGAACCAUACCUCUAAUGAACAGUUUCACUUGUGUGUAGUUCUGGAACAUGUGACAAUAAAGAAUUCUUGUGGAA